CGACGUCGUCGUUGACGUCGUCGCAUCGUUUGUCGUGCUUUAUAGCAUUUGGCCACUCAGAAGUCGUUCACACACAGUUCAGUUCAGAAUCGCUGCCAGCGUCGUCGUGGUCGGUUAUUCCAGUCGGCAACGAUAUCGGGCUGCGCAUAAUUUUUCUAUUCAUCGCGAGCAGCGUUCGGCGCGUCGUCGCGUACGCGCAAAACGUUUAACGGCAAAUAAUACAAGUGGUUUGGCCCGAGCAACACGCGCUGCCCCCUCCCCCCCCUCGCGCUGCUCCACAAACAUAUAAUAAACGUACUUAGCAGACGUGCGGAUUUAUCAUAUUUAAGCGUUUGUGUUGUGUUGUUGACGUGCGCGCAGCUCGCACAGAGUUGGGAAAUUCAAUUACCAACGGCAACGAGUCGCAGCGCGGCUUAUUAGUUAUAAACCCUUUGUCGCUGCUUUUUUUGCUGUGGCGGCAAUUUAAUUAAGCAAAGUGGAUUAAUUUGCAACUCGUUAGUUAAUUAAGGAUUAGCAGCUAUGCAAUGUGCAUAAAACACAAAAACUAUAAAUACAAUAAAAAACUAAAAAUCAAAAACUGCAGCAAUUAAAUUUAAAUUUCUGGAUACAAAUUGAAAAGCGCGCGCCGUUUGUUCAUAUCGCUGAGUAAACAGUUAUGACUGGCUGAGCGCUGAGUUGAUACUUAAAAACAGCAAAUAUUGUGUAAAUAAAAAAAUGAGCGCCGAAUUGGAUACAAAGCAAAUUUGCAGCGAGCUGCAGUCUGAGGAUUAUCGCCAGCGCUGCCGCACGCUGCUGCAGCUUACCGAGCACUGCGCAGCGGCGCCAGCUAACACAAGCGUUGAGGCCAUUGCCGGCGACUUUGAUGAGCUGUAUUUGCAUUUGCUCAAAUGCUACGGCGAUCGCUUUGAAAAGGUGCGCAGCCAAGCGGUGCAAGCGGUAAGCGCAUUUAUGCAGUCACUGCCGCCGCUGGACUUUCAUUUGCUCAAUGUGGUGUCAACGCUGGCGGAGCGCAUGGGCCAAACCGAAACUGUGGAGCAGAGCGAGGAAAUACGCUUGUUGUACAUACAGCAGUUGCGCCUGAUGCUGCAAAAAUACGCGCAAAUGGGCAAUGCGGGCGUGUUGCGCGAAUGCUACGAGCAGGUGGUGCAGGUGCUAAACAAAUCCAUACGCGAUGCGUAUGCUGCAGUGCAGCGCGAGGGCUGCGCUACGCUGGUGGAGCUUACAACUGUGGCCAGCACGCAUGAGUUUCAGCCAUAUACGGAAACGCUUGCCAUAGCGUUGUACUCCAUGCUGAAUCAUCGACAUGCGCCUGCGCGCAUUGCAGCUGUGCAAGCUUUGGCGCAUUUAUCGCUGCAUAUGAAUGCAAGUGGUGAUAGCUUAAAGCGGUUAAUAGGCGAAGUGUCGCCGCUGCUAAUGGACAACAUGCCGCUGGUGCGACGCGAGUGUGGACAAAUGGGCGUGCUAAUGCUGCUGCAGCUUAAAGAUCGCUACAGCUACUUUGAGCGCAUACUGCCGCUGGUGCUUUGCUGUCUCAAAGAUGAUUCACCCGAGGUGCUUGCCUAUAUACAACCACGCUGGCUGCAGUGCGGCAAGCAGUACUACGAUGAAAACGAAGCGGAGCUUGCACAACAGGAAAUUGCUGAUCUACCUGUGGCCAACUAUCCAGCGGAUGUCGAGCGCCCCAGCAUAGGCUGUCGUGGUUUAGUGCAGCGUUCGCUGCGGCUGCUUGCGCUCAUCACACGUGAAUGCAGCGACUGGAAGGACAAUGUGCGUCUACAUUCGCUUAAGCUGCUGUAUCAGUUUGUGCUGCAUGCUGAGGCUUCAAUGACUGCCAAAUUCUUUGAAGCUUAUCCACAUGUUGCAACUGCUUGCUGCGAUGCUGAGACGUCAGUUGCUGCUGCAGCCACUAAGGUUGCUGAUCUUAUGGGUCGUUUGCUUAGCUAUGAUGCGUGGAUUGAGCAUGGACUGCAUGGACUGGAGCGCAAUGCACGCGAGUCUUAUCUCAAGUGUUUUUACUACAUGUUUGAUGCUGCUCAAGGCGGCAACUAUGAGCAGCUAUUACGUUUGGCCAGUCUGCUCAAGUGCGUGGACUAUGCGCAUACGCUUAAGCCCAGUUUACAGCUUUAUAUACUCAAAAUGUUGCACACACUGCUGCGCAAGUCGACUGAGCUCAAUGCAGCGCUGCAGCAGCUGCAGCAACUAUACGCGCUGCUUUAUGCUACAGCGCUAAAGGUUAUGGGCUUAGCUUACUCGCUGCCGCAUGACAGCGCUGAGCAUUUGAAGCUGGGUGAGCAGCUGCUGGAGCAGCUUGCAGCACUGGAGGCCACUACAGUGGAGCAGCUGCAUGAGCGCUGGCUGCUGCUAGCGCUGCUGGAUGUGCAGAAUUUGGAUGCUGCGCUGGAUGAGCAAGCAGAGCCUGUGCUGCUGCUCAAUGGACUCAUCAACUUGGCUGGCAUACGCGCCAGCUGCUUGCCACAGCUCAUUGCGCAAGUGCAGCUUGUUUUCGCGCACUGCAGCAGCUCAGCGCAGCUGCACAUCUUCAGCACACUGUCCAUAGUGUCGCUCAAAUGGUCGCAUACAGUGCGCGUGGAGCGCGAGCAGCGCACGCAGCUGCUUAGCAACUUUGUGCAGCAGCUAGUGGCACCCUAUUUGGCUUGGAGCGCAGGCGGCGCAGCUGAGGCAAUGCGCUCAGUUGCUAUGGCAACCACUUGCGCCUUAGCGCAAGGCGCUGAGCUGGAAAUGCGUGAGAUUUUGCCUACGCUCGCCAAACAUAUGCCCAGUUUGCUGGAGGAUCACAAUGUGGCUACGCGUCAUUAUGCCAUCAAAGCUAUUUGCUACUUUCAAGGGCUGUCCGUAGCAGAGCUUAAGCCGCUAGCUUAUGCCACUAUGCAGCGCCUGGAUGAUCCUGCCGCUGGCAUACGCAACAUGGCAGCAAUUGCUGUAGCCAAACUGCAGCCUGUUUUCAACUCUGAACUGGAGCCGGAGCCUGCAGCUUAUGAGCGUGAGGUGUGGGAUUCAUUUAUUAAGCGCGCCAUGGACUUGCUGCUGCUGUAUCAUGAAAGUCCUGAAAAGGAUAUGCAAGCUGCUGCACAAAGCUCGCUCAUGGCGUUGGCUAAGCUGCAUCCUGUAGCUUGGGAGGAGCGCUAUGAACGCGCCUUGUCUCAGGCACGUCGCAAAGAAGAUUUGGUUGAACUCUAUGGCAAACUGCAGAUCAAGGAGGAGGAGCAGCAGCAAACAAACAGCGACGACGCAUAAUAUUUCUUUGAAAUUUUUUUUUGUUGCGUGCGCAUUUUCCGGCUUGCAGCAGUCUAAUUGCCUCGAUCUAACGAAUUGUAUUGUAAACAUAAAGCGCAACGAAUUCAAAUUGCAAGCAGCGCAUUAAAGCAUUUAAAAAUCACAACAACAAUU